CUCAGGGUUAACGCAGUCUGAGGCAGGCCACUGGAGGUUGCAUUUGAAGCUUCUGUGAUUCGAGUUCCUGUCCUCGAUGCAGUUCAUAAACGUGUACGCUGUGACCAUCUGGACCACCACAAGGAAGUGUCCUGGAAUAGCUGCGCCUGCAAUGUGGACCCCUCCCAAUCAAUCAAGAGGUGGGGUCGGGUCCACCCACGAGCAGCCCGAUGGACGGGAGACACCCCAUACCAAGCUACCCAGCGACGCAGGGCAGUGAUUAUCAGACACUAAAGUGCGAAAGAUUAUCAGAUGCACUCUUCUCAAUGCGCUACAACCAUACACCAGGUUGUUGCGGGGCUUUUCCACACUGCAACAACGAGGCACUCUAAAGCCCCCCCACCAGUGGACUACAACAGAAGAUGCAUGUUCAGGGUGGAGACGUAGCGAGCCCAGAUUUAACACUCGCAUACCAUCUGGAUGAGCAAAAUUCCACUGAUUAUCUGUAUCAAAACAUGCCAGCUGAUUACGAUAGGACUCGUCUACAGCUAUGGGGAAACUUGUUUGUGCAGUCACAACUGGGACAGUCCAGACAAUCCAAGAAAAAAAGCAGAAGACUUUGUGACGAUGCUGGCAAAAAGCUGGCCGUGUCCACAUUUGCAGCAAGCAUGGAUGACUACAUGGCAACCACAGAGGACUACUGGAUAUUUGACUACGAAAACUACACGUUGCCACCGGAAAGCAGCAAGACGUACGCGGCCCCCUGUCCCCACGAAGACAUCUACACUUUUGCUCAGAGGUACCUUCCCGUGGCCUACAGUCUGGUCUUCUUCCUGGCUGUGGUGGGCAACGUGCUGGUACUCUGCGUGAUCCGACGCUACCGCAAAUCCUACAGCGGCUGCGCCUGCUCCUUCUCCCUGACCGACACCUUCCUCCUCCACCUGGCCAUCUCCGACUUGCUCCUGGCGUUAACGCUGCCGCUCUUUGCCACCCAGUGGGCCCACCAGUGGGUGUUCGGCGAGGCGGUCUGCAAGAUCUCCGGCGCUCUGUUCUCUCUCAACCGCUACAGCGGCAUCCUUUUCCUGGCCUGCAUCAGUUUCGACCGCUACCUGGCCAUCGUCCACGCCGUCAGCUCCGGCUGGAAGCGCAACAGCUGCCAGGCCCAGGUGGCCUGCGCUUUCAUCUGGGUGGGCUGCCUGGCCCUUGGCGGGUUGGACAUCGCCUUCAAGCAGGUGGGUGAGGUGAAAAUCGGAGACGGGCAGGGACCUCUCCUGUGCCAGGUGUGGUUCACCGACAAUGCUGCGCAGUGGAUGGCCAGCUUGCAGCUGGUCAGCGUGAGCCUGGGCUUCGGACUCCCGCUCCUGAUCAUGCUUUAUUGCUACGUCCGGAUUAUCCGUUCGCUGUGCAACGCCACCCGCCGGCAAAAGCGCAGGUCGUUAGGUCUCAUCGUCUCCCUGGUGUCCGUCUUCGUGAUCUGCUGGGCGCCGUACAACUGUUUCCAGCUGGCCGACAGCCUGCAGAGGCUGGACGUCGUGGUCGGCGGUUGCCAGUUCGGCCGCAUCGUAGACAUGGGCACGGUGAUCACCGAGAGCGUGGGGCUGUCGCACUGCGCCCUCAACCCGCUGCUCUAUGGCUUUGUGGGGGUCAAGUUCCGCAGGGAGAUGGCUCGGAUGUGCAAGGGGCUGCUGGGAAAGAGAAACUGGCUAGGGACGGAGGAAUGGAGGGGCAGGAAGCAGAAAAGAACCGGCUCCUACAGCUCUGCCGAAAGCGAAAACACCUCCUACUCGGUCAUGGUGGGAAAAUGAUUGAGAAGCGUUUGUGACCAGUAGCUCUGCCAAAUGGUUUACAGUAACUUGUCAAAUGGUUAAACAAUAGGCCCACUUUUCCUCCACUGUUGCCCACCGUGGAACCUCGAAAGUCAGAUUCAAAUUUUCAAAUGCCUUCCACUUGAAAAAUAACCCGGUACACUCUUGUUUAUCGCUGGGAUACUGUUAAAGGGGAAAUCCAGUGCUUUGCAUGAACAAUGUAUCCAAUAGGUCAUGUAAUAUGUACUCUGUUUUGACAAUGCGAUGUUAAAUCCUCUCUCAUUUAAGUGUUUUGAGAAGAUUUUUAUCGACAAUUAAGAAUUUUCAGGGGUGCUGCCUUUUUCGCAAGUCACUUGACUUACGUGCGCGGACGUGACGUGUAAUGUGCCGCACCAAAGGCUCGAUUACAUUGUGCCCAGCGCUGAUUUCUCGGAUUUAUCCUCAUCUGAUGAAGAAAUAGCAGUAUCAGUUGAGCGGGAAGACGGAGGAAUACUUCCAUACAGAUUUGAACCUGUGGCUGUAAUUUAUGUUGAAUAUUCGGAUGGUUCUUCGGACUGGAAUGACGCGGAGUCUGACGAGCUUCGGCGUCUGGGGGAGGCUGUUAGCUGAAACUCGUCCAAAGAACCAUCCGCGUCUGCCGGCCCGCAGCUCCAGGGGCCUUUGUUUACGCACUUACGUCCCGCGCGUAGCCCUCCGAGUAGUCAGACUCCGGCGUCAUUCCGCCUGAAGAACCAUCCGAAUAUUCAACAUUUACAGCCACAGGUUCAAAUCUCUAUGGAACUAUUCCUCCGUCUUCCCGAUCAACCGAUACUGCUAUUUCUUCAUCAGAUGGGAAUAAACCUGAGAAAUUAACGCUGGGCGCAAUGUGAUCAAGCCUUUAGUGCAGCACCUUAUGCGUCACGUCCGCGCACGUAAGUCAUGUGACUCGCGAAAAUGGCAGCGCCCCUGAAAAUUCUUAAUUGUCGAUUAAAAAUCUUCUCAAAACACUAUUAAAUGAGUGAGGAUUUAACAUCAAAUUGUCAAAAUAGAGUACAUAUUACAUGACCUAUUGAUGCAGUGUUCAUGCAAAGUACUGUAUUUCCCCUUUAAACUCAUUGUAGUUCAGGGGUCACGUCUCACUUGAUAUUCAAAAUAUUUAAUUACAUUUUAUGGUCAUUUUACAAAAACUUUUAAAAGCUUCUAAAAGCUUCUAAAGACACAAUACUUUAAGUCAAAGGUAUUUGGACCUUGAAAAAUACAGUCAUGUAUUUCACUAUGAAAUGAUAUCAAGUUAUGAAGACCUAAGAAUUAUCACCCCGUUUUUACAUGAAUAGCAUAACUUCAAAUUCUCCCAAACCCCACCCCCAAAAUAUUGUGGAUUUUUUUUUCCAUCCUGAACACAACAGUUUCCUGUUUUUUGGCUACGGGCCAUAUUUUUGACACAUUUGUCCUACACCAUCUGUAAUACGAUUAAAUCUGCGAUACGGAAGGAUCAUUUUAUUUUUCCUAAUCAUUUUACCCCUCCAACAGGCUUUACACCCAUUUAAAAUCAUCCAUGGCCUUGCCUUGCCCGUGAGUGUCUAAGUGUGAACAGUGGUCGAGAGCAGCUCCAGCUCCUGCGCCGGUAAUCCUCUGUUGUUUUGCUGUUCUCCGUGCGUUGAAUAAAUGGCCGAAAAGUGUAUUAGCAACCGUGUCCCUCCUUUCCCACAAGUGAGAGUAACAAAGAGCGUUUAGGGCGCUGUGAGGUUAUACUGAACUUUUCAUUCUGUGAUGCUGUUGCACGCCACUAGAGGGGAUGGAGGGAUGGAUGAUGUAAUGAGGAUCAAGGCGUACAUUUGGGAGGGUAAAAAAAAUUGUCAAAGAGAUGUUUUUGAAAGAAAAAACAACUUUGUAUAUUUUCACUGAAAAAGAGAUAAUUCUGUUUGAGAAGAGAUUGAGGUCGGUGAGGAAAGAGAGACUGUGGAGUACUGUACUGUGCGCUUGUAGUUUAGGAGGCAAGUCUGCAUGGGAAACGCAGCCAAACAAAAUGUCAGGUGAAUAAAGAUUGGAAAAUGUUCUCUGUUGAUAUGAUGCCGCUUUAUGCAUUUUAUCAUUGAUUUGUUUUUGUUUUAUUUUUUUUAAUGUGUAGUAAUAGUUUUAUUUCUUUGCACUUGUUUGGUCACUAAGACAUUUGUAGGUAGUCUGACGCGUGCUUGUAAAUGUAAAAAUGCCCUUCUCAUUUUUUUUUUAGCAUGGUGCUUGAGUGAAAUGGAAAAAAUAAAUGUGUACAAUUCUGCUGACUGUCUUUUUUU